UUUUUUUUUUUUUUUUUUUUUUUUUUUUAUUUGGUGGGUGGCCCUUUACCUCAUAGCACAGUGACAGUGAAAGAAGGACCCAAACCUUUAAUCUUGUUUUGCAGUGGAUUUAGCUGAAAGCAGCUGCAGCAGCCUGGAAAUUACCAUGGAAAAAAUCCUGAAAACAGAAUUGAAAACUUCCGUUCUGAAGGCGUUUGGAAGCUCGGGAGGAGGAUACAUUAGCCAAAGCCAAGGUUAUGAAACAGACAGUGGACGAGUAUUUGUUAAAAUCAACCACAAACCUCAGGCUAGAAAAAUGUUUGAAGGGGAAAUGGCAAGUUUGGAAGCUAUUCAGAAAACCAAUAUUGUGAGAGUGCCUCAGCCCAUUAAAAUAAUUGACCUACCUGGAGGAGGAGCAAUGUUUGUCAUGGAGUACCUAAAGAUGAAGCACCUCAACAAAUAUUCUUCAAAGCUUGGAGACCAGAUAGCAGAUCUUCAUCUUUAUAACCAGAAACUUGGAGAGAAAUUGAGAAAGGAAGGAAACACAGUUGGUAAAGGAGCAGGUCACUCUGAGUCUCAGUAUGUGGAUAAGUUUGGAUUCCAUACAGCCACUUGCUGUGGUUAUAUACCACAGGUGAAUGAAUGGCAGAGUGAUUGGCCUUCGUUCUUCAUUCGUCACCGACUCCAAGCUCAGUUGGAUUUGAUUGAAAAAGAUUAUGGAGACAGAGAAGCCAGAGAACUUUGGUCACAGCUAAAACUAAAGAUUCCUGAAAUGUUCUGUGAUGUAGAAAUUGUUCCUGCUCUCCUGCAUGGGGACCUGUGGGCAGGAAAUGUGGCUGAGGACGACUCUGGGCCAAUUAUCUUUGACCCUGCUUCCUUCUAUGGCCAUUCAGAAUUUGAACUGGCCAUUGCUGGAAUGUUUGGUGGGUUUAGCAGCUCUUUUUUCUCUGCCUAUCACAGUAAAAUACCCAAAGCUCCAGGAUUUGAGAAACGAAACAAAUUGUAUCAGCUCUUUAAUUACAUAAACCACUGGAACCAUUUUGGGACGGGGUACAGGGGAUCUACCCUAAAUGUAAUGAGAAAGCUUCUGAAGUAACCAGGUAGGUUUGAGAAAUUCUGACAUAGUCCCUUAGUAAUGAACAGCCCCUGGCUAUCAGAAGUAAUUAGGAACUAAAACUAGGAAUUAAUGUUGAUGGUAAAACACCUGGCAUGUAAAAGGCUUAGUACACUUUUGAGCCUCACUAAAUGUUAACAGUGAUUGUGUAAUUUUUAACUUAUAUACUAGUUUACUAGCACAGAUUCAUACCCUGCUGAAGGAAGGGACUGCAUUGUUUGGGAAGACUCCACUAGGUUGGAAAAAUAGCAUGACAGUAGCCUAACCUUACUCUCCGUAGAGAGUCUCACUUCAUAGCUGCUGUGUUUCCAAAGUUGUUUGCAUCCUGCCACUUCUGCUGCUGCCCUAUGAGCAGUUCAUUACUGAGACCUACUGUUGUGGGAUUGUGGUGCUGGAAGUAGUAACUAGUUCCUUACGUCUCCCUUUUUUGUUAUGUUUUAGUUUUCUGUCUCUGUUUCCAUCCCCUUUCCCAUUUAUAUUUCUGUUGUCUUUCCUUUCCCAUAUUAAGUGUCCUAAUCCAAAAUUUAAAUCAGAUUCUAUGAAUCUGAAAAUGAAAACAUUCUCUUUUUGAUUUAAAGAGUAGACAAGGCCCUUUGGACUGCACUUGGCAAGCAUAUAUAAUUAAUAACAUUUCUAAUAUUUAUUUUAAUUUAAUGUAAUUUACUUACAUGCUUUUGUUUUUUUCUUGCUAUGAGAAAUUAAAUUACAGUGGUAUUUCGGAAAAAAGGAUGUCUGUAGUUCCUUGGUAAUUAAGUGUAUGGUCAGAAAGUGGGUUGUUACCAAGCAAGUUUGAUAAUAACAUAUCAUAGUUUUAGUAUGAUACUUGUCACAGAUGGAGUGAUGCACUUCACUCAUAAGCGAGAAUUAGCAGUAUGUUUAUUGAUAUAAAACAGUGAUUUAUUGAUAAUAGCAUAUCUUAGUUUUAGUAUGAUAUUUUAGUGUGUUAUGCUAUGAUAGUAACAUUUAAUUACCUUUUUACAAAGAGAGCAAAAAGUGGGAGGGAGGCUUAGUGUCUUGAUGACAAGAAAGCAUCUGUUGCUGCUGUGUUGGUUGGUGCUUGAUGCAUUUUCAAUUUUAGAAAAUAAUGUACAGUAGGCAAAGCUAAUAUGUUCUGCCACUGCUGGAUUAUUGAAGGAACAGUGUCAAAUUAGAUGGCUUUAUCAUGUUUUUUAAUAUUCCUAACUGCUUUAUUUUUACAGAAAACAUAGGCAAUGAGAAUUUGGGGAGAAAACUGCAACAAUGAUACUGGCAUAUAAUGUGAGCUAGAGUACAUUAGCAGAUCCAUGUUUUUUUUAAUGGAAGAAAGUGGUAAAGAAAGUAAAUAUAAGUGCAGUCCAAUGAAUGCUUAUGUGAAUCAGAGGAUUUGAAUAAGAAUUACUGAACUUAGGUAUUUAGGCUUCAGACAGCUGUCAUGACUAAUACAUAAAAUACUAUAUUCAAAAAUGCUCAAAUAUGUUUAGACUUUUUUUUCAACUUUAAAUUGCUGUGCUAUAAACAUUUCAUAAAGUUUAGAGUUAGAUGUUGUCAUUGAUAC